AAAGAAAUUGAAAAAGAAGCUUAAAGCCCAACUGUCUUUUGUAUGUAGUGAGCUCUGUACUGGUUCACUUUUAUCGUUGCCUGGGACAUAACUUUUUCAGGUUCUCAUCGGUUCUGUUCAACGGUGAAGGAGUUUCGCGUCAGUCAAAGUUCCCAAAGAAGUUAAGCAAUCUCACUCUUUUUCUUCUUGAAGUUCGCUUGAGAUUUGAGAUUCUCCACCAUGUGAUUCCACCGUUACCAUGCUUGAAGGUUUGUGUCUCUUAAGAUGUCACUGGCAAAUUGGGACCUGUUCCAAACCGCCAUGGACUCCGGGCAGUAAACCACUGCGUGCAAUGCAGUUUCUGGCUCUGUCAAGCAUCUUGGGCAAAGGGGAUCAAUGUUGGGGAUUCUGUUAUGCAUCUUCUCUAGCAUUAUUAUACCCUCAUGGACUAAUCUCCAUAUGAAAUUUUGGAUUUUUGGCUGACAUUAUAUAUUCUAGAUUUGUUGCCAUAAGUCUUUCAUUUGAAAUCAAGGGUUUAAACUUGCUAUCGGCGAAUGAUAAAACUGUAUCUGUUAUCAGCUCCCAGACCCCAAUGCAUCUCAAGAUUUUGUUCUGCUGCUAUUGAAAACCUGAAAAGGGGUUGGUUUCCGAACCACGGGUCCUUUUUUUAUUCUGUUGGAGCCAUGGGUAGUGACACUGAAUCUAACGCCUUUCUCCAGAACUUUUCUGCCCUCCAAGAGACUCUGCCAAGCCCAAAAAGUUCUGAAUCCAAGCUUUGCUUCCAAGAACAAGGAUAUGGGUGCAGAUGUCACGAAGAGUUUAUUUAAUUGUUGUUGAGAUGCUUUGUGCUGCUUUAGUUAUUAUUUAUUGAACCCUCGCUUUUAUUUUGAUAUAUUCUGUAAGAGGGAUAGGAAUUGUAUUGGAUAAUGCUUGUAAUAUUAUAUGGAGGUACUCUUUAUGAGUUUU